AGUCUAAAAAACACCCACUAAUUAACAUAAAUAAAACCAGUGCAAAUCAAAUCUAUCCUAUAUUUUAUUUAUAACGAUGACAACAUACAAUAUAAACCCAUCAUAACUCAUAUAUAUAACUCUCUCACUCACUCUACAACUGAUUCAUUGAAGAUGAUGGAGAGACCACAGAAUUAUCUGCUUAGUUGUGGUAUAAAGACAAUAGAAGAGUUAAGACAUUCACUUCUCCACACAAGAGUGGAGUUAGAGCAAACAAUAAGAGUAGCCCAAGAAGAACUCAAUGCCAAAGACAGCCACAUAAUGCAGCUCAAAGAUCUCCUCAACAAAACUAUUAAAGAGAAAGAUGAAGCACAAAAGAGAUACAAGAAGCUUCUUCUUCACAAAAACAUCAUCCUUCAACACCAAACUGUAGAUGAACAAGACCCACACAUCAGUGGGCUUCUUUCAUCCGACGGUGAGGAAAGCAUUGUCUCAUCUUUUGAACCGCCGAUGCAGCUCGAGUUAGAUUUUCCAGACAUGACAUUACCGGAGAAAGGGAAGCUUUUAAAUGCGGUUUUGAAGGCGGGGCCUCUGCUUCAGACUCUGCUUUUGGCUGGACAGCUUCCACAAUGGCGUUAUCCACCACCGCAGCGAGAGUCAUUCGAAAUUCCACCGGUGAUUAUUCCCGAAGCAACGCCAUUGUCACCAAAUAGCUGUGGGAGUAAUCUUAACCGGAAGAGGGUUCACUGCGAUGAUUCUAGUUCCAAAAGAGAGACCAAGUACCAAAGACUUCUCUUUCCUUGAUUGUUGAUGUAAUCAUAUUUUCAUUCAAGCAUCAAGUAUGUUUAUGAAGAGUUCAUUUUUCUU